AUGGCGUCACCGUCAAAUGUGUGGGAAGAAAUUUCAGCAGGCUUACAAACAAAAGCGAGCUUGAAUGUCACAAUGGGCCAGGUUUCCGAAGAGGAUGUUUAUUCGCCACAGCGUUCCAGGGGGCCCAUGUCCCAAGGCCGAACUCCUCUGGCUAUCGUGGGAAUCUCGGGCAGAUUCCCUGGAGCAGACGACACGGAGGAGCUCUGGAAAGUACUCGAGGCGGGCCUGGAUAUGCAUAGAACCAUCCCUCCGGACCGGUUUGACAUCGAGACCCAUGUUGAUCCUACGGGCUCAGCAAAGAACACUAGCUGGACCCCUUAUGGCUGUUUUAUCGAAAACCCAGGAUACUUUGAUCCUCGGUUUUUUAACAUGUCCCCUCGAGAAGCACGCCAAACGGAUCCGAUGCAACGUUUGGCUCUGGUGACGGCAUAUGAAGCCUUGGAAAUGUCCGGCUUUGUCCCAAACCGCACUCGCUCCACCACACUCAACCGCAUUGGGACAUUCUAUGGCCAGGCCUGUGAUGACUAUCGAGAUAUCAACGCAGCUCAAUGCAUCGACACCUACUUUAUCCCAGGAGGGUUCCGUGCUUUUGGUCCAGGCCGUAUCCACUACCAUUUCAAAUUUGGAGGUCCCAGUUACGUUAUUGACACUGCUUGCUCGUCCGGCCUGUCCGCUAUCAAAGUAGCCUGUUCUUCACUCUGGAGUGGAGAGUGUGAUACUGCAGUUGCAGGUGGCUUGAACAUUCUCACUUCUCCAGACCGCUACGCCGGAUUGAGCCGUGGCCAUUUCCUAUCUAAGACAGGACCGUGUAAGACGUUUGAUAAUAAUGCGGAUGGUUAUUGCCGGGGGGAGGCGGUAGGCAGCGUGGUGAUCAAGCGUUUGGAUGAUGCCGAGCUUGAUCGGGACAAUAUCCUGGCGGUGGUCCUAGCAGCAGGCAUAAAUCAUUCGGCGGAUGCUAUUAGCAUCACACAUCCACAUGCUGGUGCCCAGGCUAGUCUAUAUCAAGAUAUUCUGCAACAGGCGAACACCGACCCAAGAGAGGUAGCGUACAUCGAAAUGCAUGGAACGGGAACCCAGGCGGGUGACUCCAUUGAGAUGAGCUCCGUCUUGGAAGUGUUUGCACCUGAAGAUAUCAAGCGCGAGGAGUUGAUUGUCGGAUCACUCAAGGCAAACAUUGGACAUAGCGAAGGUUCCUCGGGAGUAUCAGCCUUGAUCAAAUCCAUCUUGAUAUUUCAAAAAGGGGCCAUUCCACCACAUAUCGGAAUCAAAGAUGAGAUCAACCAAAGUUUCACCGACCUAACUGGAAGAGUUAGGAUACCUACAAAGACAACACCACUCCCGAAGACCAGGAUGGAGACCACAAAGAUCCUGGUCAAUAAUUUCGGAGCCGCAGGGGGGAAUUCCGCUGUCCUGCUGCAGGAACCACCGACACCCAUCCGGAGUCGUACGGUACAUCCGUGUCCAUUGCAUGCAGUGACAGUGUCCGGCCACACAGAGUCUUCUCUGAAGAAGAAUGUAGAGCAGCUGAUUAGAUACCUGUCCAACAAUCCGACUGUCUCCCUUGGUGACUUAUCGUACACCACUACUGCGCGUCGACAGCAUCACCGAUUCCGCUUCACCGUGGCAGAAAACUCAAUUGACCGCGUGCGGGUAGCCCUGCAAAAGGGCCCAGUCCCAUAUACUGACUAUCCAGGGGCCAAACAAAAACAACAGAAUGUUGCAUUCGUUUUUACUGGCCAAGGUGCUGCGUAUCAUUCACUGGCCAGUGAAUUAUACGCUCAUUCAACCCAGUUCCAGGCAGAUAUCAAACAAUUUGAAUGUAUUGCCCAGCAGCAAGGUUAUCCAUCUUUCCUCUCAUUGAUAGAUGGGAAUCUGACAGAUAUCACGUCCCUCUCCACCGUCCAGGUCCAAUUGGGUCUGGUGUGUAUCCAAGUCGCCUUGGCUCGUCUAUAUUCCUCGUGGGGGAUAAAACCCUCUUUUGUCAUAGGCCACAGCUUGGGAGAAUAUGCUGCGUUGCAGGUUGCCGGGGUUCUGUCCAUGAAUGACAUGAUUUUCCUGGUCGGUCAUCGGGCGAACUUGCUGGAGAAACGAUGCGACCGAAACACUCACUCGAUGUUAGUAGUUGCCGCAUCCUGUGCCCAAGUGUCCCCGAUGCCUGACGAGCUGGCUGGGAGAGUGGAGCUGGCAUGUGUCAAUAGUCCCACGGAGACGGUCUUCUCUGGUGAGGCUCAAGCCAUCGAUCAGCUGGAGGCGCAUAUAAUCACCCGCCAAGUUCGGUGUAAAAAGCUGCUUCUCCGGUACGCAUUCCAUUCAUCGCAAAUGGACUCCAUCCUGGAUGAGUUAGAAGAAGCCGCACAAGCGGUAAUGAUGGGGACCCCCCGAAUAUCCAUCAUCAGCGCCGUCACAGGUAGGGUAUUGGGCCCAGAUGACCAUGUGAAUGGGGCGUACCUUCGCCAUCACUGCCGACAACCGGUUCGAUUUUCGACGGCACUCGAAGCAGCAGAAAAAUCUGGGGAUCUCGAUUUGUCUACAGUCGCGUUUAUCGAACUUGGUCCGCAUCCUAUAAGCUCUGGUAUGAUCAAAGCUACCCUGGGAAGAAACGCCCGUAGCCUGCCCACAUUGGUGCGAGAUAUGAAUCCAUGGGAAGUCGCAGUGAAAAGCCUAGCGCGGCUCCACGACUGGGGUUUAGGGGUGAAUUGGGGAGAAUUCCAUCGUGAAUUUGAGAAGAACUAUUGUCUCCUUUAUCUUCCGCGCUAUGAAUUCGACAACCAGAACUACUGGAUUCAGUAUGUGAAUGACUGGAGCCUUCGAAAGGGCGAUCCAUUGCCUACGUCUGAGGCUGGCAUAGAGACGCAGGCCAAACCAAAACUGACUUCCUCUGUUCACCGAGUAGUGGAAAAAAAAACUGGAAGCUCAACCAAACAGACUGUAAUAUACGAAUCCGACCUCUGGGAGCCCCUUCUUCACUCCGCGCUUUGUAGCCAUCGUGUGAAUGGUUGCGAGCUGAGUCCCUCGUCUGCAUACGCCGACAUAGCCCUAACUGUUACGAAUCAUAUUGUCCACAACUCCAUAUCCCGAGAGAUUUGUGGCUUAGUCCUUUCAGACUUGGCCAUCCACCAGCCACUGAUUAUUAAACCCGCCGGAGAGGACCGUGUUUUGAGGAUAUACGCCCAACAAAACAAGGAAACUGAGACUGUUCAGGUUGAGUAUGCAUCCUGUUCUCCGGAUCUUGGGAAUCGCACCACACAUGCCGUCUGCAAUGUGCAUUAUGGCACCAAUGACAAGUGGUAUAAACGAUGGCUACGCGGUUUCCAUUUCAUCCAGGACCGUAUCGACGCUCUUGAGGCUCGGGUGGGGCGUGGCGAAGUCAGUAAAAUCGGCACAAGCGUGGCGUAUCGACUGUUUAAAAGUGUUGUUGACUAUGCUCCUGGGUACCGUCGUAUGGAUGCGAUUCUCUUUUCCAGCGAAUCGCUUGAGGGUUCCGCUACAGUCAAAUUGGAGAUCCAGAAAUGUGAUGAAGGUUUUAUGUGCAGUCCUUACUGGCUUGAUUCAAUGGCCCAUCUUUCCGGGUUCAUCAUGAAUGCAAAUCCCAUCAUCGACACGGAUGAAGUCGUGUAUGUUUCUCGUGGCUGGGAGAGUAUGGGACUAUUUAAGCCCCUUCUUCCCGACACACGACAUCAAACCUACGUGAAGAUGUGCCACACAGAUAAGACGAUGGUUAGCGGCGACGUGUGGGUCCUCCGUGAAGGCGAACUGGUGGGAGUCAUCAGUGGCGUUCAGUUUCAACGCGUCGCCCGGGCCGUUCUAAAUGUGCUUCUCCCAAACCCCAUCCCCAACCAACGAGAGUCCAUGCCGCGCGUCGAUACUUCUGCGCCGGGGAUCAAAGGCAUGGGGACGGUCAAACCCAAGCGUGAGAUGGUCGGCAAGGAUAGCGUUUUAGGAGUGCUUGCAAACCACCUGGGAAUCGAUCCAUCCGAGAUUUCGUACGAUGAUGUGUUGCCCGAGAUCGGGCUUGAUUCACUCGCCUCUUUAACCUUAAUAGCCAGUCUACAGAAGUUGCUUGGGCUCUAUAUCUCUCACCAUCAAUUAGACGGAUGCUCUACAGUCAGUCAGCUUAUCGAUGUCGUGUUGGAAGCCCAGCAUUCCAGUUCCCUAGUCCAUGAUAGCGAAAACUCCAGUGGUCAAAUAUGUGGUACUCCGUCAACAUCAACGAUAUACAACCCAACGCCUAAUAGUCCAGGUAAUCGUACGGUGGACACCAUUCGAGCACUCAUUGUGGAAGAGACUGGGAUCUCCGGGGAUGAAUUGGAUCCGCGUACUGAGCUGAGUGAGCUCGGCCUGGAUUCCCUCAUGAAGCUCACAGUUUUGGGAAGGGCGCGCGAGGUCGGACUGGAUCUGCCUGUGGACUUCUUUUUGAAACACAAGAACAUGGAUGACAUAGUACAUGCCUAUUGCAGAAGCGGAAGUUACUCCUCUAUGGAGAGCGGUUCUGGUAGUGCACUUGACCAAGAUCUUGGGUGCCAGAUUUACGAAGAUAAACCCCGCAAGGAUGAAGAAUCUGCUCCAAUUGUCCCGCUCCAAAGUCGCCGGGACACCCCCAAUGUCAGACGAUUAUUCCUGCUUCCAGAUAGCGCUGGAUCGCCUGUUCCCUAUUCUGCCUUGGGAGAGCUACACCAUACUAUUGAGGUGUACGGUUUGGUGUGUCCCUUCAUCAACAAACCAGAUGGCUAUCCCAGCAGACUAGAGGAUACGGUGAGACACUAUGUGACUGCUAUUAGAGACUGUCAGCCAAGAGGGCCUUACUACCUUGGAGGCUGGUCAGCUGGAGGAAUUCUGGCGUUUGAAGUCAUGAAACAGCUGCACGAUGCAGGGGAGGAGACGCGGUCUCUAAUUAUAAUAGAUUCCCCAUGUCCCAGUACCCUGCCCCCGAUGCCGCCAUCAUUGAUUGAAUCUCUCAAGAUGAAUGGAAUAUUUGACGGGAUUGCCUCUGAGAAAUGCGAUCAACUUGCGAAGAACUUCCAUGCUAUUGUAGACCAACUAUCCUCCUACCAGUGGACCAGCUUCGUUGCUUCCAAACAGGCACCAGAGACACUUAUUGUUCAUGCUGAAGACGGUUUAUCGGAGCGAUUCGAGGCCCUUCGACUUCAGGGUGGAGAUUCGCCUAUCCACCGCUGGCUCCUUGAGAAGCGGACCGAUUUUGGUCCACUGGGGUGGGAGAACCUCCUUCCGAGCGAGAAGAUCUCGACGGUGUCCACUGGAGGCGACCAUUUUUCAAUGAUGCAACCGCCCAAUGUUGAGGCGAUUACCAAGCGGAUACGGGAAUUCUUAUACUCCGUGCCCUAG